AUGUUGAGUAAUUGUUUGUCGAAGAGAGCUGGUAAGGCUGGGGUCAGAUCCUUUGCUUCUACUAAUAAGGAGUAUCGGGUGAUGAAUAAGAAGUAUCUUGCCCAUAAUUACGCAACUGCUGAGCCGAUUAUUGCUAGAGCUCAAGGAUCGUGGAUGUGGGAUGUGGAAGGAAAGAAGUACUUAGAUUUCCAUUCAGGAUACUGUGCUGCUAAUCAGGGUCAUUCCCAUCCAAAAAUUGUAGAGGCGCUUGUUAAACAGGCUUCUAUCUGAGCAACUCCUUCAAGAGCAUUCGAUAAUGACAAAGCAGCUGAAUAUGGAGAAUUGGUCAGCAAAACAUUCGGAUAUGAUAAGUUAUUGCCAUCCAGUUCUGGAGUUGAAGCUUGCGAGUCUGCAGUCAAGUUAGCUAGAAGAUGGGGAUAUGUUGUCAAAGGAGUACCUGAUAACUGUGCUGAAGUAUUGUUCCCAAAAGGAUGCUUCUGGGGAAGAAGUAUCGCUGCCAUUAGUGGAUGAGAUGACCCUGUAAGAUAUGAAGGAUUUGGACCACUCGCUCCAGGUUUCCCACUGGUUGAGUAUGAUAACCUUGAUGCUCUUGAAAAGAAACUCAAAAGCAACCCAAAUAUCGUUGCCUAUAUGGCUGAGCCUAUCCAAGGAGAAGGAGGUGUUAUCAUGCCAGCUGAUAAUUACUUAUCAGAGGCUCAAAAAUUAUGCAAAAAGUAUAAUGUUCUCAUGAUAAGUGAUGAAAUUCAAGCUGGACUUGGUAGAGCAGGAAAGUUACUCUGUGCUCAUAAUACUGAAGGAUACAGACCAGAUAUUGUUACCCUUGGUAAAUCUACUAGUGGAGGAUUACUACCACUCUCUAUGAUUUUAGCAGAUGAUGAUAUUAUGCUGACCAUCAAACCAGGAGAGCAUGGGAAUACAUUCGGAGGAAAUGCAUUAGCCUGCGCAGUAGGUAAAGCAGCUCUAGAGGUUAUUCUUGAUGAAGAUCUCUGUCAAAGAUCUGUGGAUAGUGGUUCAUUUUUACUUUCAGAACUAAAUAAACUUGACCAUCCGUUAGUUAGAGAAGCUAGAGGAAAGGCUCUUUUCUGCUCUUUGGAAUUGAGCCAGAAGGGAAUUGGAACUAAAUUUACAAAGGCAUUGAAUUUCAAUGGUCUAGCUUGCAAGAAUACACAUGAUAACAUUAUCAGACUUGCUCCUCCUCUUAACACCUCUAAAGAAGAUCUCACAUUGGGUGUAGAGAUCAUUCACAAGACCCUAAAAGAGUUUGAAUAAUUGUCAACAACAA